CGCUACCGCGCAAACCCCCUCGACAUCGAAGAGCACUCACUUCACCAAGUGGCAAUACACAAAAGCAGUCUCCACUUCUAGCCAAGCUGCCUUAUGAAAUACGCCAAUUAAUACUGAAAAUGAGCAUUGGUAACACUACUUUCCACAUCCAAUUGCAAGAGGGGCGGCUUCGUGGAGUCAUGUGUACCUCCUUGACACCGCAUCUGUGUAAUGGAUGCGGUAUCGGCAGAGCAUGUCGUGUGCAAGACACUCUAUCUCCGGUCACAACCAAGACAUACAAUGCCUUGGCGGUCCUUCAGACAUGUCAUGUAAUAUAUUUCGAAACGAUUGCCAUUUUGUACUCGCAGAAUACUUUCGUUGUCUGGCAAUCAGACUGCAUAGAGUUCAUGCCAAGGUUAUUCUUGCCACAACGUAUCGACUCUAUCAGAUUGCUGCGCUUCACAUGGACAUAUCUGGGAGACCCUCCGCUUCAAGCAGACCACAACAUCAAGGACAGGCGAGUUCGAUUUAGAAACACGUUAUGGACAAUGGUGUGGCGGAACAUAUCUCGAAUGGCGGGGCUUCAGGACUUGCGAGUCACAUUGAGGGUUUCCGGUAUUCAUUGGAGUAGCUUACCACCAGAGAACGCUGCUGCCACUAUCGAACCUAUCAAAAAUAUCACCGGACCCAAGAUUUUCCAACUCAUCGUUCCAGACGAUAUCGGAGCCGAGAAGGCUCCUUGGACUAAACUACCAUGCGUUAUCAAGACAGUCCCCUCUGCAACACAAUACUCAAAUCCGCAACUCUAGGCGCCAAAUUUAAGAUGGUGCUGGGAGAGGAUACAGUUGAAUGGUGCCGUCUUCGUUCACCUGUCCAGCUUUCUCAUUUAUCAGUGACGCGGAACCAUACAAGGCCCAUGUAUCUAGUCCGCC